AUCAGUCAGUCACGUGAACCUGGCUGUCCUAGCGACAUCCGCACAGAGGUAGAUAAAUGCGAGAGAGCCAGACGCACAUGAGACAACAAGACAGCAGACAAAAGAAGAAAAGAUCCAGGAGACAAGUGAGAACAGGGACCCGAUGGCUUCGUCCCCGCCCGUCCCCAAGCCGAGGGCUCGCUACGCCAGGGACAGCCGAGGCUCCGCCUCCACGCCGGACGGCCGAUCAGCAAAUCACACUCUUUCCAACGGAGUUCACUUCAGCACAGAUGAAGACCCGGGCUCACCCGCGCUGGCAUUUGUCGGCGACUCUGGCUCCGGCCCGCCUCUCUCGUCCCCGCCCUCCAUACGCACCAUGGCUAGCAACAUUGCUAAGCGCAUACCUAGCUUAGCGGGCGCUGCCAGCACCAUCGGGGUUGAGCCCAGCGCUGCUCCUACGCCAAACUCGGCCUCCACUCUUAGCUCCUCAUCAAACAUUCCUAAUUUAGCAGAGAUGCUUAGCGCAGUGGCUAACUCGCCGUCCCAACGUUCCGUCAAAGGACUCCUCCCCCCGCCAAAACCCGACGAUGCCGGCGUGGCGCUGGACUCGCCAGCACCGACACGGAGCCAAGUUGGAGUCACGGGACCAGGUGAUGGUGGAGGUGGUGAGCAAAAGUCAAAGGGUGUGUGUGUGUCACUACUCCCUCUCUGCUCAAGAGAUAGUUUUCUUUUCAUCAAACCAUCUGGGUUGUCCGGUAGAGAAAAAUGCUUUUUUGAGCAAUCUCACGUCCUCUUUGCAAACCCCACAGAGGAAGAAGACGACGACCUCUACAUCACCGUCUUGGAAAGUUGGGACCACGACGACAUCGACACCGACUCGUCCGACCAGGAGGAACUCUAUCAAAAUUGUCCGCCCGCAACCAAUGGAGCUAUGAGAGGAGACUUAUUGCACGAGCCGCUCGACAGCGCCAACCGUCGCCCGAGUAGCGCGUCCCCUCGGCCGGCGCCGCCUCCUAAGUUGCAACUGGCCCAAUCGGCAAAGGGCGGCAAGUCCUCCAGACAAAAGACACCGGGCGUGGCGACCAUCCGGGUGUCGAGGAAGAAAGGACACGGCCCGCCUAGCGGUCAGCAAAGCGCGGUGGCCCGAGCCAGCUGGCUGGACGUUUGGAAAGGCUUCAGACACAACGUCUUUUGGGCCACGCUGGACGGACAGUUGAUGUCUUUGUGGAAAAAACGUACAGACCAGUUCAGCGAGGUUCUCUUCCACGUGUCCGGCAUCACAAACGUCAAGAAACUCGAUAGAGGGAGAUUCUCCAUCUACUUCAAGAAGAAACAUUACGACUUCCUGGCUUACAGCGACGACGUUCAGGACGGUUGGGUCCGCUCGCUGCUGGCGUCACGGGGUCAGCCCGGUCCCGCCGGCCCGGACCUCCACGGCGCCGUGACGGUCAAGGACCCAAAGAGCCGCUUCUACGCCGCCGUCUGGGGCCACGAUUUGUGGGUUUACCAGAACAAAGAGGGCUUCCAGCUGGGCGUGGCCUGCUACAGCAUUCCCCUCAACCUGCCCACGGUCCAGACCACCGGGAGACACUCCUUCACCCUCGCCACCCCGUUCAGGACCUUCGGUCUGUCUGUGGAUUCGUCCAAGGAUCUGUCCGUCUGGCUGGAAGCUUUGUCCUCGUCCAUCAGCAGCGCUCUGUCCUGCAGCCAGGUGGCGACGCGCCUGUGGAAGAAUCCCAGCAACCGGCAGUGCGCCGACUGCGGCGCCGCCGACCCCGAGUGGGCGGCGGUAAACCUGCUACUGGUCAUCUGUCACAGCUGCGCAGGGCAACACCGAGCUCUGGGCAGCACCCUGUCCAAGGUCCGUAGUCUGAAGAUGGACAACAAGGUGUGGACCGAACCACUCAUACAGCUGUUUGUUGGCCACGGUAACCGUCUUGCCAAUCAGGUGUGGGCCCCCCUGGUACCCUCGGCCGAGCAGAUCGCUCCGGAGGCCUCCCACGAGAGCAGGUCCAAAUUCAUCCGGGAUAAAUACAGCAAGGGGCGCUACCGGCGACUCCACGCCCUGGCCUCUUCUCCCCAGCUGAUGCAGCAGAGGCUGCGACAAGUGGUUGGCGGUGGCGACGUGGAAGAAACGUUCUCACUUCUGUGUUCGGGGUCAAAGGUGUGUCAAACGGACCCUCAGAGCCCCUCGGCCAUUCAGCUGGCUGAAAGAGCAGGCCAAGCUCUGCAGGCUGAGCUUCUCAGACUCAACGAGUACACAGAGAUUCCGCGACACCUGCCAAAAUGGGUGGACGUGAGGGCCGAGUCAAGCCCCUCAGGUAAAGCCACGCUUUAUGAUGCGUUCACGGAGCCGGCUUACCCGUCUCCACGUAUAGCCGAGGAAGACGAGAAGCUUCACGGCAAACUGGAAGACGAUCGUUUCCUCUUCUCUUUGGAAAACGACUCUGCGGCUUGCGACGUCCUGGACUUACGAGAGGUCUUGUCGCUUUUCCGAAACGACGGGGCCACCUUUCAAUUUGAGUUGAUCACUUUGGACAAUCAGCUCCUCUGCGUGGCCGAGAGUGAGGACGAAAACCUCAUCCACCUGGUCCAUAUCCUCAAGGUGAUUCUCCCGGCCGGCGUGUCUGACGACGAGAUGCGCAGGGCACUCGGGGUCAGCAAAGUGCACGUGGUGCAAGACGGCGGCAGCGGCGGCGCCUCGGAGAACUCCGAGGCCUGGUUGCUGCUCUGGGACGGCGGGGUGAGCGUCCAUCGCGCUUGCAGAGGCUCCAAGAAGACGAUGUUAAAGAUGGAACUGAGCGCGCUCAGUCGCCACGAGAUGCAUCCGGCUGGAGAUAUCAUAACCAUGGUGCUCGCACACAGACGGGUGUCCCUGCACUUUGACGCGCACGACAGCUGCGGCAGAUGGUACCGCAUGCUGCAGGACGCUCUGGCCGAUCGAAAGGCUCCGGAAUCUCCCGUAACGUCCGAGCCGCCCAGCGACCCCGACUCGGUGCCGCUCGCCAUCCGCCGAUGCGUCCGGCACAUCCAAAAACACGGUCUGAAGGUGGAGGGCGUCUACCGGCGCUGCGGGCUCGCCUCCAAAGUGUCCCGGUUGGCCGAGGCCCUGGCAAGACGGCCCGAUUCUGCCCCGCUGGAGUCGGGCGAACAGGGUGUGCUGGACGCCGCCGCCGCCCUCAAGCAGUACAUCCGGCAGCAAGUGCAACUCUUCCCUGAGGACGAGCGCAACAAGUGGAUGGGUGCUGCUGGCAUUUCAGAUGAGCGCCUCAGGUUCUCAGCCUACCGACGCUUGCUACGCCAAAUGCCCGUUGAGAAGCGAGGGACGCUCGACGCCUUGUUUGGACACUUUUACACGGUCCAGACGUUUUCUCAGGUCAACAAGAUGUCGGCUCACAACCUGGCCUUGGUUCUGGUUCCAUCGCUCUUUGACAGUCUUAACGGCGACCUGCUCAAGCUGACGCGCGAAUUGGUCCUGCACCACGCGCCGCUCUUCCACUUCCAGCUGCACCACGACGAGGAAGGGGAAGAGGAGAUCACCGUCCUCUGAGCAACAACUACCAACACGUGACAAGAUACAUACAUGUACAAAUUCAAAAAUGGAUUUGGCUUUUUGGGAAGUGAAAAGGUAAUAACUUGUGAAAAUCGACCCCCCUUAUUUUUUAAAGCAACGUCAAAGUCUGCUUUCUUGUCAAUUUCUUCACAUGCCAAGACACAAACAAAUCGAAAUGACGCUCCCACGGUGACAAGACAUACUCCACAAUAUCCAUAUAUCCCUCUUGAAAUGAUGUCCAAUAAGAAAAAAUGUCAUCAAUUACUGAAAACUAUUCAACUGCCAAUAAAAGAAAUUCUCCACAAA